AUGGAGCUCCAGUACCUGGAAGUCCCCCUAGCACCCGAAGGCAGCGGUGGACGUCAUAGCUGCAAGCGUGCCCAGCUGGAAGAUCUCCUUGGACAAGUAACUAUGCUACAAGAGGAGCUCGACAGGCAGCACGGUAUCCGGGAAUGCGAGCAGGGGAUCGAUGCGUGGUAUUGUACGCUGUCCCGGGCUGAGCGACAGCCUGCCUUAAGGCUGCGCAAGAGGAAGGGUCUGGCGAGGCAACUUAGAACCCUCCCAAGAGACUAUACGUCCCUCGGAGCAAUGUUAAAAGGAUCGGGAGCACAGGUGGUGGUCUCCUCUAUCCUCCCAGUCAGAGGAAGGGGUCCAGGAAGGAGGAGACGAAUUGAACAGGUGAAUGCCUGGCUGCGUAGCUGGUGCCACGCUCAAGGUUUUGGCUUCUAUGAUCGUGGAUCUACCUUUGAGAAGCCGGCCCCGGUAAGCGCCAGGUCGACGAGGGCGGACCCGCCAAGGGGGCGGGGACAAGCGGCAACGACAGACGAGACAGCCAAUCGAGACGCGGGAUCGGCCGGCGGCGAUCUGGCGGCCCAAUGGGCGCCGCGGAGGGCCUGGCCGAGUGGAGGAAGCGCGGGGGCGACAACGGGCGUUGUCGUGGCUGGCGAGAUUGUUGGGGCGCGGGCCGCCCGGCCCGGUGGCGCCACUACUGUCUUCGGAAAGAUCACCGGCAAGGCGCUUCCCGCCAACGUCAUCUACGAGGACGAGGAGCGCCUUGCGUUCCAUGAUCUUUCGCCCCAAGCUCCGACGCUUUUCCUAGUCACGCCUAAGGAGCCAAUUAUCGGGUUAUCUGACGCAGAAGAUUCUGGUGAACCUCUUCUUGGGCAUUUCAUGAUUGUUGGCAAGAAGCGUGCUGCUCACCUGGGCCUGACCAAUGGAUUCCGGAUGGUUGUGGAUGAAGGGCCCGAGGGCGGGCAGUCUGUCUGUCACGUACAUCUACAUGUUCUGGGUGGCCGUCAGUUGGGCUGGCCGCCUGGCUAAGAUUUUUUGCACCGCAAGAGUUGCUGCACGUGUACAAAUCGCCACUGAAUGGAUUUCGUCUGUUGCCCGUCAGUCUAGUAGCCGCUGUUGACGUCUAAUUUUUUGUGACGUGUGUCUGUGGAAGGUAAUAAAAGCUUUGAGCAGCAGUUGCACAAUAAAGAUUUAGCAUGGGGAUAUCA